AUGCUCCCCAUCCAGUCAAUCGAGGGCCCCGCCCCGUCCAGCACUGCCGACGAGAAUGGGGAAACCCGGCAGCAAAAGCCCAAAGCCCUGCCGUGCAAGUAUUGCAGCAAGCGCUUCAGGCGUGUGGAGCAUGUCCAGCGGCACGAGAGAACCCAUACUAAGGAAAAGCCCUUUGCGUGUGCCUGGCCUCGUUGUGGAAAGACAUUUGGACGACGAGAUCUGCUCGUCCGUCACGAGAAGCUUGUCCACCUUAACGAAGGCAGCGGCAACAAGGAUGGAAGUCGACAGCGCAAACCCUCCUCCGGGGGAGUUCCCACCGUCCCUGGCGAGAACCAGGUUGACACCGAGAUGCUUGGUUUGCAGCAACAGCAGCAGCGCCAACAGCGGCAGCAACGUCCGACAGCGCAGCCGCACUACGCAUCGGAUGCCCUACAAUCAGCUGUAGCUUCGUCGCUGCCGCCAGAUUCUCGCCUUGCAGCACGAGCCCCCGCGUGCAAUCUGGAUCUGCUUUCCGAUGCCGCGACCCAUCUUGCUUCGGGUGGCGAGGUCAGCAGCAUGCAACCAGCAAUGAUGCAGGGGCUCGCCCAGGCACCAGCAGAUCUAACACACGUCAAGACCUACCAUGACGGCAUGUCGUAUGGAGAUCGGGUUCGGGAUCAAGAUCCCUCUGUUAUGUCCGCCGGCUAUCCUGCCCAGCCGCCGCCCUCCGCAUUUGAUGACUACAACCUCUUUCUUGACGAUUUCGCAACUUCCUCACACUUUUUGCCGCCGUCUCUCGAGAGUGAGCAAGUGUUUGGUAUGUGGUCUCGACCAGGCGGUGCAGAUCUGGCUCGGGGCCCGUCAAAACCCCCUUCGGCCUUCCCAUCUAGGUUUCCCUCAUUACAGCCAGAUCUGCGCGAUCCGUCAGACGGAGGGGCUAGAAUGCACGAAGAUGGAGUUCGAGCUCCAAACUGGAGGAUAUCGGCCAUGGACCACACGGUCAUCAAAAACCGGCUGGACGAGUUCUCGUCGGUUCUUCCGAACGACUUUAUCUUUCCCUCACGGCACACCCUGAAUAGGUUUUUGGAGGGUUAUGUUAGCGGUUUCCACGAACACCUGCCUUUCCUUCAUUUGCCCACUCUGGCGCCGACUGAGCUUUCGCCCGAGUUACUGCUGGCAAUACUGGCAGUCGGGGCGCAUUAUCGAUUCGAAACAAACCGAGGCCAUGCGCUGUGGUAUGCUACCAAAGCCGUUGCGCUUGAGCAAAUACGGCGGCGACAUAGCCACGAGGUACAUGGCCUGCUCCCUACACCAGCCGCUUACAGUCCGCAUUCCACUCGCCCUUCUCCGAGUUCUGGGUUUCGCCACUCCUUCCCGUCGGUCCAUCAAGACCGGCCGAUGACUCAAGAUACACACCGAGAGCCAUACUCCCCAAAUACACCACAGUCACGCCUCGAGACGAUCCAGGCCCUCCUCCUACUCUUUGCCGUUGGGCUCUGGGGCGCGAAAGCGAUACUCCACGAAGCACUCUCAUUACAGAGCUUGCUUGCUCUGCUGCUUCGAGAAGAGGGUCUCGCAGCUGAGCCCAAUCAGCAAACAACAGACUGGGAGGCCUGGAUCCGACUGGAGGCAGCCACACGAACCAAGCUGGUUGCGUACUGCUUCUUUAACCUAUGCAGCAUUGCGUACAACAGUCCUCCGCUACUUCUGACAUCUGAAGUACACCUGUACCUACCCAACCCGUCGCGGCUAUGGAGGGCCGAGAACGCCUGGCAGUGGCAGGAGGUUAGGCAAUCAUAUCCCAACAUCGAGAUCUCCUUGCAGGAAGCCUUUGCGAGGCUAUUAAACCGCCCUUCACAAGCGCCGCCAUCCCCUCUCACCUCUCUGGGCAGCUACGUCCUCAUUCAUGCGCUGAUUCAGCACAUCUUUUUACUCAAGCAGACAUCCUUCUCUAGCCUUUCCCCGUUCGAGAUCCACAGGAGCCUGAAGCUCGAGGACGUGGAAGAUAUCAGCCAGGCCCUUCGCGCCUGGAGCCUGUGCUUCGAGCAACACCGCCAGAUGCGGGCCAACGAGCUUGCAGCGCAAGGCAUGACGGGGGAGGCCUUCUCCGAAGGCCCUGUAGCCUUUAACUCCACAGCGCUGUUGAGACUCGCGUACAUCAGGCUACAUACCGACUUGAGUCCGAGCCGCAGUCUGGAGACUCGCGACCACGUCCUGAUAGCAUCCGCAUUCAGUGACGCCCCGCUGCUUGUAAGGAGUCCGCGGCUCUGCCGUGCCGUGGUGCAGGCCAUUCAUGCCUUGUCGAUGCUCGUCAAGAUGGGUGUGAAUUACGUGGCCAAGACAAAGUCGCUGGAGUGGAGCAUGCAGCAUUCUUUGUGCAAUCUAGAAUGCGCCGUCCUCCUCUCCAAGUGGCUGCUCACCUUGGCGGCGAUUGGCCCGGCCGAGCCGCCACCAUCAGUCGAAGAGAAAAACCUCCUCGAGAUGGUCCGCCGCAUGCUAGACGAGACAGAGUUCGCCGUUCCGAUCGACCCGUCGCUGGCGGGCUCAAGCCACGGUCACCCUCACCAUCAAUCUUCACGAUCAAUGGAUAUGUCCGCUACGACCGACUGCACCAAGCUGAGGCAGCUAGCGUGCGCCGUCGUCCGGCUGUGGGCCGAAACCUUCAAAGGGGCCCACAUCUUCGACAUUAUGCGCAUCAUGGCGGCCGGGUUGGAGGGAUAUGCGGAUUUGAUGGAGAAACCUAGGGAUCGGACGCCGCUGGGAAGGAUUGUGCCGAAUCAGGGGCUGGGCUGA